AUGAUCAAGGCAAUCUUCUACAGCAAAUUCGACACCCAGGAGGGCCCCAAGGUUGUCCAUCAAGUCCCCGACGGUGCCAUCGUCCCCUCAUCCACCGCGCCCGCGCAACCCCUCUUCCUGACCUUCUCCGACGUCUCGUUCUUCGUGAUCCCCCGCCAGGAGCUCUGUGGCAACCUGCUGCAGGUUUGCACAAAUGGCUACCGUAUCCUAGGCUAUCCGAUUUGCAUGAAAUCAGACCGCUAUUCUCGCAAUGAGUUCAUAUUCAAUUUCUGCAUUGUCCUGGCCGAAGAGGAGGACUUCAGCCAGUAUAAGAGCGUGGUACAGAAGCUAGCAGACUUGAUGCAUGCAUUGGAGGAGCAGAAUGGGUUCCUGUCAAGAGACUUUUCCAAGACUGGCGAGGGGAAGGUGUAUAGUCUUUGUGAGAUGUUGAUGGAAGAUUUGAACAAUUAUUGCGAGUGCAUGAUUCCGAUAGAUGAGCUCAAUACUCUGAACAUCAAAUUGUUCCCCAUAUAUCCCUCACCACCGCCAGUCAAGGCGUGGCAGGUACCUUUAUUCACAGUGCGGUACCAGGCUUUCAUGGACGAGAAUUGGGAUCUGUCCCUACAGCGGAUUGUUCCACAUAUCAAUGGUGUCAACAGCGUCCGGAUCAUCUCCAUCCUUGCAGAUACCGACUUUUCCCUCACAUGCCGAGCAAUCCGACAUUUACUAUACUAUGGUUGUUUGUUUCUCUUGGAUAUCUUCUCAUUUUCAGCCAUCUACGCACCAACAGCACAAUUCAGCCUCACCAUUGGCUCAGACGAAGCCAUGCAGCUCGAAUGCGCACGCUACGUGAAUACACGAUUCGCACCACACCGGCCGAUCGGCCCUCAUACACCUCUCCCGCCCCAGAUAGUACCGGUAGCAGCAGCAACCAGUGGCGGCAGUACAGGUGGUGCCGGACCACUAUCAAGCCCGCUUACUGAUCCUGCUCCAAGUCUAUCCCGCGACGAGUCCCGCUUCGACGCAGAAGAGAUAUGGCCCUUGCUGGGCGAUCCAGAAGACGUACCACACAGUGGCCGCAAAGUCCCCGACAUACCCGAGAACAACAGCAUCCCUGCCGGCCAGGGGCCUCGAGUAGUGGAUGGUGUAGGCAUCGUCGAACUCUACGCAGCCCUGAAACAGGGCCAGAGUGUGAAACAGUGGUACUCCCAGCACAACCGCGAGCUUGCCAACAUCGAUAUUCGUCGCUUCAUUACCUUCGGUGUAAUUAAGGGCUUCCUCUACCGUGUCCACAAAUACGCCUGCGCAACCGGUCAGCCAGCGCCGACCCCGCGCUCAUCAUCUGUGGCCCCCAUAACUGCAUCGGCAGGGCCGUCCUCUCGUGCCACGACUGGGAAUAAUACUCCUUACGCGGCAUCUAGCGUCGGCGAGGACGCUCCUAUUCACGCCCGUCGGGAUGGCAGUCGUGAGCGUGCCGCAUCCUUUCAUAGUGGAAGCCGCGGUGGUAUUGGGUCAGGCAGUGCACCCUCGGGGGUGUUUGAAGACGAGGAGGACGAGAUUGAUGAUCGGACGCUGUCAAAGUUUCUGGACGGCACGCACAGCUUCGACCAGAUUUGUACAGAACUGGAGAUUAGCGAGCGCGAACUGACGGUUCGAUUGAAGAGGUACCCCGGGGAGGUGUUAAUCCUCCAUCGGUGA